CUUCCUGUGUUUUGCGUGACGCAAUUCCGGUCCGGCAAACAUGGCGUUGGAGACUGUGCCGAAAGAUUUGAGGCAUCUCAGAGCCUGCCUUUUGUGCUCGCUAGUGAAGACUAUAGAUCAAUUCGAAUAUGAUGGUUGUGACAACUGUGAUGCAUAUGUACAGAUGAAAGGAAACCGCGAGAUGGUUUAUGAUUGUACAAGCUCUUCCUUUGAUGGGAUUGUGGCAAUGAUGAGUCCUGAUGACAGCUGGGUAUCCAAGUGGCAGAGGAUAACUAACUUCAAACCCGGGGUGUAUGCAGUGUCUGUAACUGGGCGUCUGCCACAAGGCAUUGUACGUGAACUGAAGAGCCGUGGUGUGGUGUACAAAUCCAGAGACACUGCCAUCAAGACAUGACUGUGGGAGGGGAUCUGUAGCAGAGAUUCAACCUGUGUUUUCUCUUCCGUUGGGUUUAUUUUCCUGUUAUGCUGUUGAAGCUGUGGUUUUCUUGGGGGAGGGAGCACACUUUUACAUACUUUAAUAUUAAAUUUACUCCUAAUGUGGCAGAUAUGCACUUCAUGAAGGAAAGUGGGAAGUCCUGACAAUGGAGAUUUAAAAAAAAUAAUAU